AAUCUGUAUGAGUUAGGUUUCAACUCCAUUCCCACGCGCACGUGCAUUCUCACAGCCGGCCCCAAACGACGUCGUGAACCACACUCGCUUCCUUGGAGCGUGAGAUGGAGAACAGCUCUAAAAGAAGUAUGACUCUGAAACUGAAAGCGACGUCUCGUCAUAACCUCGGCACCGUCCCGCCGCCGGCGACGGAAACGAACAAUGCCGGGAAGACGGUGGUGCAUAAGUCUCUGUACUGGAGCCACGACGCCCAAGUCCUGUUCACCGGGUGGCCCGGUGCGGACUCGGCCAUGUACGCACUGGCGGUGAUUUUCGUCUUCGUUCUGGCCGUCCUCGUCGAAUGGCUCACUUACUGCAACUUCAUGAAGCAGAGCGCCGAGAGUGUCUCGAAGGCGGUGCUGCAGACGGCGAUACACGCGGUGCGCACGGGGUUGAGUUACAUGGUGAUGCUAUCCGUCAUGUCGUUCAACGGCGGGAUCUUCCUGGCCGCGGUCGGUGGCCACGCUGUGGGCUUCGUUCUGUUCAGAGCCCGUGCCAAAAGAAAGAGCGAAUCAGAUUCCACCAAACCGAACGGCCCAAUAUCAUGCUGAUCCAGGGACAUGGGCCGAGAAGCCCAUUAACACAACCAUUUGCACAAUGCACACACGUUUCCCUUUCCCUUUUACAAUCAUAACGAUUUGGAUUUGGCUCAUUUCUAC